CGCGUCGGCCUGCGCCCUUGCACCCGACCCGAUCGUGAAUCUGUCUCUGCUCGCCACCAUCUUUGCCACUCGAUCUGCCCCGCGCGUGCGUGCCUGGCCUGGCCCUGAGCCUGUCAAUCACCUGGCGACGGAUUCCAGCUGGCGACUGGGCUCGCAGCUGUUUCAUCGAUCUGCUUUGAAUAUUUUGUGCAGUUGCUUUUUGGAUCAGACACCUGGCUUGAACGCAUCAUCGACUGCGACCAGCUGUCGCACGGCCGCCACUUGUGCACCAACCCAUCAUAUUAUCUGCUGAUAGCCUCCGACCUGUGAAUCCUUGUGCUCUUGAGUGUUCAACCCUUCUCGAAAUUGGCAACACCGCAAUUGAACCUUUCGGAGCCUCACACACCAGCAGCGACCAUCCGUGAGGGUGGCGACACUCGUGCACGGGCAAUCAUGGACUCGCCCGCAACAUCCGAUGUCGAUUCGAUACUGUCGAAGACCAACGAAAUGACCAGCGCGCCGAGCUCGCCUCCCGAGGAGGCAUCCCCCAAACACGAGGAGAUCGAAUUGGUCGACGACAGCCUCGUCAAAGAGGAGGAGCAAGCCCGUGAGGACAACCUAAAGGCCGAGGCAGAGAGGCGCAAGGCGGCAUUGGCGCAAAAGAGGAAGAGGAAGAAGAAAGCUGAGACCAAGUCAGAAAGGGAGGCCAAGGCCCGUGAGCUCGACGAGCUCCUCAUGAAGAGUGCCGCGUUUAGCGACAUUCUCACCAAGAAGACCCAGGUGCUCGGCCGCGUGGGCAGCAGCCUGGACGGCAAGACACUUGGAGAUCACAAUCUGCAAAUGGCCAGCCAGCCCAAAUGCAUGGUUGGGGGAACAAUGAGAGACUACCAGUUGGAGGGCCUUACAUGGAUGUUUGAGAUUUGCUCGCAAGGCAUGAGCGGCAUACUCGCUGACGAGAUGGGUCUCGGCAAAACUGUCCAAACGAUUGCCCUCAUUGCGCUCCUGCGUGAACAGGAAGGCUAUCUGGGGCCGCACUUGAUUGUCGCGCCGCUUAGCACUCUCUCGAACUGGAUGGACGAGUUCCACAAGUGGACUCCAUCUAUCCCCGUGGUCAUGUAUCACGGGAAUCAGCAACAACGAGAGGACAUUUUCAAAACCAAAAUGUUGCGCAAUCUCAAUCAUGGACGCCCUACCACGAAAUUUCCCGUCGUGUGCACGUCCUACGAGAUGGUCCUAAGAGACCAACACAACCUCUCCCGUAUCAAUUGGGAGUUUAUCAUAAUUGACGAGGGCCAUCGAAUGAAGAAUGCCGAAGCUAAGCUGUUCCAGCAGCUGCGGCAAUUUUCCUCUGCGACACGUCUUCUCAUCACCGGGACGCCUUUGCAGAACAACCUCAAAGAACUCUGGUCGCUCCUACACUUUCUUCUUCCCAAUAUCUUCACAGAUUGGGAGGCGUUCGAAAGUUGGUUCGACUUCUCGGACUUGGAGGAUGAGAAAGGAACAGAAGAAUUCAUCGGCGAUCGCAUGAAGCAGGAUCUGGUGAAGAAAAUUCACCUUAUCCUUCAACCCCUCUUGCUUCGACGCAUCAAGCAAGACGUGGCUGCGUAUCUUCCAAAGAAGCGAGAAUACGUCCUGUUUGCUCCCAUGACCAAGGAGCAAACGGACUUGUACAACGCGUUCACCGACAAAGAGAUUGACACCCGAGCCUAUCUCGAGAAUAAGGUCGUGGAGAAGAUUAUGAGCGAGACACCGACUGGUCGGUCGACUAGAGCUGUGUCCCCUUCGGGCGAACAAACCACUCCUGCAUCGACCUCUAGAAGCGCCAAGGGCAAGAAAUUGUCCUUGCCUGUGCGUCAAAGCCCGCGAUCCAAAAAGACCGAGGACCGUGCCGUGUCGGCCGCGCCGAACGCUUUCACUUUGAUGAUGGGAAAGAGAGGACCUGGAAGCGGGAAGAAGUCAGCAGCCAGCUUGCCGACUCCCGUCCAGACGCCUGCCAAGCAGAGUGUAAAGACGAAGCGCAAAAACCCACCGACGUCGAUCGUUUCCGAAUCCAAAAGUGCAAAGUCGAGUAGGGGUUCGACUCCAGCAAGUACGCGAGGACGGACACGCAAGUCAAAGACGUACAUGGAUGCGGUCUCCGACGAAGAAGAUGCCUUGUCUGAUGACGCUUUUGAAGCUAAGUUAGCGGAAGAGCUUCAGAGUGAUGAGGAGGAAGAGUCGGUCGACUCGAGGUCUCCGGAAGAGAUUGAGCUUGCGGAAACCCUCGAGCUAGCAAAAAAACAAAUUGCUCAGAAGAAGCUGGGUAAUCCGUUGGCCCAACUGCGGCUGGUUUGUAACAGCCCACACAAUUUCUACAGCCCUUGGGCAACAAGCGCGACGAUUCAAGUCGAUGAGUCUAUCGUGACUGCAUCCGGCAAGAUGCUGCUGCUGGACAGACUGUUGCCAAGGCUGUUCGAUGACGGCCACAAAGUCCUCAUCUUUUCGCAAUUUACAACCCAACUCGACAUCCUUGAGGAUUACAGCAGGGAGCUGCGCGGCUGGAAUGUCUGCCGCAUUGACGGGUCGGUGUCACAAGACAGUCGCCGUCAACAGAUUCACGACUUCAACAACGACCCAAAGCAUAGACUUUUCUUGCUCUCGACCAGAGCUGGUGGGCAGGGCAUCAAUCUUGCCUCUGCCGAUACCGUGAUUCUGUUCGACUCUGACUUUAACCCGCAACAAGAUCUACAAGCCCAGGAUCGCUGUCACCGCAUAGGUCAAACCCGUCCGGUCAUUGUCUACCGCCUGGCGACCAAGGACACCGUCGAGGAAUCUCUCCUCAUGUCCGCCGACGCCAAGCGUCGGCUCGAGAAGCUUGUCAUCCGCAAGGGCGGGUUCCGAACCAUGGGCCAGAAAAUGGACAACAAGGAAGAUCAGAGCGUCGACGCCGAGACGCUGCGCGCGCUCCUCCUUCGGGAUGGCCUCGUGUACCAGGCGUCCGGCGGAGAUGACGUUCUCGGCGAUGAGGACUUGGACGCCCUGUGCGACCGAUCCGACGAGGCGUUUGAGAAGGCGGCGAGCGGCUUAGGCGACGCGGAUAAGUACCGCGUCGUGGAGACGGGCGCCGAUUCCAUCAAAAUGACGCGCAGAGAGGGCAAGUAG